AUGUCAUUCUCAACUUCUCCAGUGCCACCCUCCCUUCUCAUUCCAUCCAAUCCAGCAUUCUCAUCAGCUGAAAACGCACCGAAAGGAGGUAUAUUGAUCAAUGUGUAUCGAGCUGCUGAACCUUCGCCUUCCAUCUUAUCCACAAUAACCAACCGACCAUUCUUCGAUCCAUCUACAUCUACAUCUGAUCCUUCUCCAAUCGAAGAAGAUAAUUCUCCAUUACCUUCACCGAGUUUGGGUUUGGGUUCCAACAAUAAUCCCAAAUCAUUGAAAAUUCGCUUCGCACCGUUACCUGAUCCACGUCGACCUCGAAGCUUGAGUACAGGUAGAAAUAUAGCUUGGACUUCUCAAGUUGGUGAAAAUGGUGAAGAAAAAAGACAAUUAUCACUAAAAGAUCAUAAUGCAGAUGAUUACGCUGUAGAUGACGAUGAAGACGAUAUAAUGCAAUCGACUCAUGACGAAUAUACAAAUCGAGGUAGAGAAGAAGAUGAGAAUGAUGAAGAUGAGAAUGAAAAUGAAAAUGAGAGUGGUAAAUCAAGACGCUGGAGUAAAUCAAUGGGCUUGGGAAGUAGUUGGAAAGGAACUAAAAAAUUGUUGACUGGUAAAAAUCCAAUGACGAAAGAUAAAGAGGAUAUAUCCACUUAUGGUCAAGGUGCUCCGUUGAAGAAAAGUGUUAGCACAGGUGGAUUCACUGGAUCAUCACCAUUCCGAUGGACAUUGGAGACUGAGCGGAAACAUACCAUGCAGGGAUCAUCGCCUCCUACUGUCACAUCAUUACUUUCCUCACACCGAACAUCUACCCCUUCAACUCCUAUUCCUACUUCGCCAGGACAUCGACGCAAUUCAUCUUUAGAACCAUCGCCUUAUAGUCGAUCGACUGGUUCAUCUUCUGCCACACCAAUAAGAAUGAUGAAUGGACGAGUAUAUGGAUCACGUCGAGCUUCCGAAGCAGCCGAAAGGGAUAAGCAGAUACGGGAGAAAAACGAACCUGCCUUUGUCGAAUGGGGUCAAGGUGCAGGAGCCGCUCGUUCUGUAGAACAAGGUAGUAAAGGAGGUUUCUUAGGUGAUAUGGAUGAUGGAGGAGGAAUGGCAUGGGUCAAACGUCGCAGAGAAGAAAGGGAGAGGAAAGAAAGGGAAGAAAGGGAAAAGAGAGAGCGAGAAGGAAUCACAGCUCCAGCACAAGCAGAAAAUCGCAUUACGACUUCAGAAGAUAAUUCACCAACAGAAGGUAAAGAGACUGGGGUCGAAGGUGCAGGAUUAUCUCCAAGUCAAAGUUCAAUGUCAUCUUCAGGAUUAGAGUCGAAUUCAAACUCUCCAACUAGUCAUUUGGGCGGCAAUAGCAAUUUGAAAACACCAGCAAUUGCUAUAUCGGAUUUACCACCUACACCUAUUAUACAAGUGUCAGAUCAUGAAAACGUCUUAUCACCCAAACCGUCUCAACCCAACGUUUUCUCUACAUCAGAUGAUUUAGGACCUAAAGGUGAAAGAACGACGCCACCACCUCUUGGUGGAUCCAUUCAUCCAAGUGGACUUGGAAAUACUCUGCCAUCUCAUCUACCUAAAAACGUAAAUGCAACUGGGUUAGGAGAAGAGAGGCAAGAAGGUGAUCACGUAGUUCAAGCAAUGAGAAUACCUUCUGACGCAAUAAAGAAACAACAGCAAAAGAAUAAAUCAAAGCAUAAUCCAGAUCCAUUCGGCCAAGAAAGUCCAACAAACGAAAAUCAAAGUGAUGAAGACGAUCGAGAUGAAGAUGAUGACGAUGACGAAGAUGAUGGUGAUUUCGAAGACGAUGAUGAUGAGGAAAUGGAUGUUAGAGCAACAUCAAGUGCAGCUGGUGUAGAAGUUAUGAGUCGACAUAAAUAA